AGCUCCAUAGCAGUUACCUCGUCAAAGGCCCCACCUGGAUUUUGCUUUUGGAGCUUUUGGAGAACAUCCCACUUGCAGGUGACAUCAACAACAAGUCCAGAGAUUCGCCCUUUCAAGAUGAUGCCGACGACGAUCCGGUCGCCGCCUUCUGUGGCAGACUACACCCCCCUUUCGGAAUAUCAGUCUCAAACGCCCGAGACUUUUCACGGCGGAAAUCCAGUGCUUCAUUACCAUGCGAUUGGCGCGAAAGCUUGGAUCCCAAAAUCACAAAGGGGCAACCUCCCCUUCUUCCCAGCAGACCUCGCUUCGGAGCCCACAGGCCCAGAGUCAAGCGUGUUAAACGGGGCGUCUGAGGACCUGGUGGAACAGGCUGUAGACCUAUUUGUUACCUCCGAGACUUUUACCAUAUUCUGCCCGAAUAGCGAGUCGGGCAUAGCGAUCCCGUACCAAUCCAUCACCCUCCAUGCGAUCAAGAACCUUGGCUCCGGCGAUCAGAGCUACCAAUCCGUCUAUCUUCAGCUCGACUUCUCCGAUGGCGCCGGCGAUGACGAGACCUUCGAUACUCUCGAGCUGACCAUCGUCCCGCCAGCAAGGCAAGAACCAGCAGCAACAGCAACGGAUAGCGAUGUAGACCCUCAGACAGAGACGUCGAAGCUUUUUGGAGCGAUAUCCGACUGUUCGAACCUUCAUCCGGACCCUGUCGAUGACUCGGAAGACGAGGACGGAGAAGACAGAAUUGUCUUCGAGGGAGAUCACCACGCCGUAGAAGGCUUUUCAGGCGUGUUUGUUGGAUCGUCUGAUGGUGGCCUGCCGCCACCCUUGCCGGGUAGCUCGGGAUGGAUCACGGCAGAGAAUGUACACGAGUACUUCGACGGAGAGGGCAACUGGAUUGGCGAAGGGGGCGGGGUAAAUGGUGAACUCGGAGAGGGUGCUGGUAGGGUCCAUGAGAGGGAAGAAGCAGAUGCUGAUGAUGCCAAUGGGCAAGGAGUGAGUGAGGACGGGGAUAACAAACGGCCGCGUACCGACUAGAUCUUGGUGCUUGAGAUCUCGCCUUAAAGCUGUCGGGCGAAAAGCCAAUGUCGCGACUCUCGAGGCCAAGGCAGAAGUCCAUUCAUAGUGCCGGCGAAGUAGGAUGUCAUGACUCGGGAUACUGGCAAUGACAAGACCCGGAAAAUCGGUGUGGUGUAUGGCUAAGGUAUAUUAGUCUGGAAGGUCGGUUCCAUUGCAUCCCGCCCACAUGGUGCUUCAGUUAGGAGCACAGCGGGGGCUAAUUACAUCUGAUUAAGAGUGCAUUUGCCAUCAAUAGCAAAGCUUAGUUUCACUCCUCUUCCCUCCCCUCCCCAACCGGAACACUUCAGCUACCUAUUUCUUUCACUUUCCGUGGCUGCCUGCUCGGGCUUGUCUUUGGCCGCAUCGGCAGGUGCCGAUACCUCGCCCGCAGAGUCGGGAGCCUCCACCUCGUCCUCGGCAUUGCUAGGAGGCACCCCGGCGGCGCCGGUC